AUGGUCUAUUGUGGUCCCUCUUGUGCUUGUGAAACAUGUAAGUUGCGGAAGAAAAAGUGUGACGAAACUCGCCCGUCGUGUAUACGAUGUCUCAAAUCCAAUCGGACAUGCAAAGGCUAUGAGGUGAAGGACAGCCUCGGUCUCCCACUCCAACCGCCGCUUGGAUCUCUGGCGCGCAAGUGUAGUUUACCUGCUCGUGAUCCGGCUCCUGGUACUGAUGCCUUACCGGACGAUGCGCAUCCAAAGGAGGUUACCGGUGAGGUUGUCGAAGAAUCGGGCCUGCGGGCAUUCUUCUAUGAUUAUUGUGUGGUUUCAACCCAUCGUUCCCUAUCCCGGGGUUUCUUUCAUAAGCUCGGGGGAAUGGUGCGCUUCACAGGGUUCCGAUCAGACCUUGCCAAGGCAUGUAAGGUAGUGGAAUUUGGAGGCCAUGAGAUGUUGUAUCAAGAACUCCUCAAUUCCUUCGCUCAAACUAUCGGGGAACGCUCGGUGGAGUCAGCCGGAUUUCUGACGACAGUGAAGAUAGUCUUGGUUGGUGAGAUACACCUUGGCUACCACAAUAACUCACCCCUGAGCCUUUUGGGAGCGGUACAGUCAGAUCAUCCGCUGCUUUGCAGCGGCAUGCCGAAGGUAAAGAUACUCUCACCGGCUGAUUUUGAGCCUACAACUGUCGGCCAGAUAGUUCCAGAGGCCAAUGCUGCAAUUCCUGGGGUCGGUUAUUGGCCAGGGAGAGUGGGCAUGUAUUUUGACUUUUAUGUUGCGGUAGUUUGGAACACCUCGCGUGUUGCUCGGUGUUUGCUCCUUGACCUAAUCUUGAAUGUGGCGAGUAUACUUAAUUACGGUAACAGGGACCACACCCGGAAGCAGCGAGAUGCCCUUUGUCUUCUUGAACAAAUCGUUUGUUCAAUGCCAUAUCAUCUGGCUGAAGACCUGCCAGACCUUCUUCGCAAUCAUGGAAACAGUACCAAGAUCACGACUCCCGCAAGAGCUGCCGGGGGCUUACUCAUGCAUCCAAUCUACACCACUUCCCAGCUAUCCAUUAUUGGAACACACAUGGGUAUUGGACAAGCCUUGAUCUUUGCCAAGGCCGCGGAGGUUCAUCCCCAGGAUCUCGCUGGUGGCUGAAUGAUUGAUUGGGCAGUGUUGCUCGGGUUGGGGGGUUUUUUUUUUUUGGCACCGAACGCUUGUAGUGACUGACACCCUCUUCAAUUCUUCGAUGAGAGGGAAGGCGAGCGAUUGUGAGUCGUUAUACUCCGUCGGUGCCAACGAUCUAUGAUUCUUCGUCGGGGUUGGUGGAGUAGUGGAUUGCUUGCGUGGCAAUGGCUAUGACUUUUUUGGAGGUGGAUACUACUACUACGUAUGUCUAUCACAUUCCCGACCUCCCUAGUAAUGUACAUAUAUUCGCCCCGUAGUUCCUGGGAGACUUAAUUUUCUAAAUGAU